AUGGCCAAUACUUAUUACGAACUCACCUUACAGCUUCUUAAAGCGUAUAUUGCCGAGCGCUACGAAGCCCAGGUUAAUGUAAAGGUGGAUACUCCAGAGUUUAACAAAUGGGAGGCAGGUCCUUUCAUAGUUACAGUGAGUGAAAUAUCACCUAAUAAUUCGCUUAUAAAUUUUGUUAGGGGCAGUCAAAGCGUUUCUGUUUCUAUUGAAUGGGAAAAGUGGAACAUUGAAUUGCCUGUGAAGGAGGUGUCUGACGAAUUGAAGCAACAGUUUGCUGUGUUCCUAGAUACCAGGCUUGAUCCACCAAAGCUUAGGAGAGACGAGGAACAUAAGGAUUCAGAGAGUUUGACGGGUCCUCCACCGCCAGGACCACCAGGAUUAGGUAUUCCAAGAGCUUCUGACGACGAUUUGAAUGCUAUUGGUUCGAGAAAACCAGCAGAUAUGCCUGAUUUCGAAGAUGAGUAUGAAGUGCUUGGUUCUGCUAACAGAACAGGCACGCUGUCUACGUUUGCUCCAAUUGGUGAUAGGGAUUUGAAUCCGCCGGGGCUUUCUCGUGAUCCACCGAUGAAACCUUUCAUUGAUCCUUUGGCUGCACCAGAAGGUGGCAUGCAUCCUACUAUGGAUCAUCCGCUUUUUGGAAGGAGCCAGGGCAACGCCUCGAGAAGAGGUGUACCUCCAGGAGCAAGAUUUGACGAUCCGAUGGGAGAAGACAAUUUGGAAGACAUGGGUAUGGGUCUUCCAGGUAACCUACGCAGAGGAGGAGGACCAGGUUUCGGACCUGGAGGCCCUGGCGGCCCAGGUUUUGGCCCUGGCGGGUCUUCCGGCUUUGGCGGCGGCUUUGGAGGCGGUUUUGGCUUCUAA